GAUAUUUAAUUUACCUGUUUAUAUAUAUAUAAUUUCACUGCAAGGUGAUGAAAUGUAGAUAAUCUAUCAUGUCCACCGGGCGAAUUUGUUUGUGCAGACGAUAUCACUGGAUCUCAAACCUAUAUUAACAUAGUAUCACUUAACAGAAAUAUUUUUAAAAGUUUUGGAAAUGUUCUGUAGCAUACCUGAAAAUUAUAUUUUGAAGAUGUACAUUUCAGUCGCACGGUAAUUUCGUGUAAAAUGCUUAUCAAUAUUUUCACAGGGAAUAUGACAGAUUCGGACACAUAUUCUACAGCAGUCUUAGUCGAGUCAAUAUGUAGCAGCAGUCUUUCAAUACUGGGAUCUUUUGUUAUUUUUGGAACAUAUAUAUUUAUUCCGGAAAUACGAAACUCAGCAAGGAAGCUUGUCACGUGCCUAACUGUAGCGGACCUUAUGACGUCAGUUGGAGUCAUUUCUUCAGCACUGGCACAUUUUGCUGGAACUCAAAGAGAAGUAUGCACCACUCAGAGCUUCAUAACUACAUAUUCAAGUCUUGUUUCUUUUAAUCUAACGAUUGCCAUAGCAAUCCAUAUAUUCGCCACCGUUGUGUACAAAACUGACAAAACUUCAUCACGGAAGUUCCUUCUUUGGGUUAACGUGAUCAGCUGGUUUAUUCCAGCAAUAAUUAUAGCAGUAGCUGGUGCAAAUGAUGUUCUUGGUAGAGAUACGACAGAAAGUGCGGAUACUGGUCCAUGGUGUUGGUUAAAAGAACAUUGUGGUAAUUAUGCAUUUUGGAUGUUGCUAACAGGGAAAGGAUGGGAAUUACUAUGCUACCUCAUCACAACAGCUCUGUAUGUCCUGCUUAAAUUUUAUCUGUUUUUGAAGUACAAACAACCAAGGUUUACAGAAAUACACGAAAGUCUGAGGGACAAUGAUCAGAACUAUUUAUACGUUUGGUUUGUUCUUUACGUGCUUCGUUUGUGGGGCUCUAUUCGGUCCAUGAUGUUCCUGACAGGAGUUGAUAAAAGCAGUCCUGGAGAUACAAUUUCCUAUGUCUUUAUGCACAUGCAAGCUUUUGGUGACCCAGCUCAAGCAUUUUGCAAUUUCAUCCUAGUAUGCUUCCUUGACAAAACUGUCAGAUCAUCUUUACUCGGUGUUUGCGUGCGUGCAACGCAGAAUAAGAAAGACGGAUUUUCCGAGGAGAGGGUACGAUUGGUUGAAGAUAGUCAAAAAGUGAUACGGCUCAUGUGAACUCAUAGUCUCGACAAAAUAAUAAUUCGAAAUUGUUUAAUUACUUGUUGAGAUACGGUCCAUUAUCAGUCUUGAGAAUAUACUACAGUUACUUCUAGUCUCACUGUAUUGUAAUAUUCGACCGAUGCAUGGGAGAGUAUUGUUGAGUGUAUUAUGUAAUGUAAUAAUAUACAUGUAUUUAUCUCAACAUUUUGAUCUUUUUAACUUCCGUAUUUAAACUGAUACCUAUAAUUUAUCUACUUCUAGAUGACAUCAACAGAUAAAAACGGAUUAUUUUGAUUAGAUGUACAAACUAGACGUUAGAACACGUUAUUGAUAACAGGAUCAGUAUAUUUUUGUGUUGUUUUGACCAUUCGCUAAGUCAAAAAAGUAAAAACAAAUACCAGAUUUAAUUGACAAUAGUUUCAGUAAGUUUAUUGUCCAUUUCAUAUGAAUAGUAUACUUUUUUUGUUUCUGUUGGCUUUAACGUCAAGCCUUUGUGUUGGAGGAAGACUCCAGGUGCCCCUCCAUGCAUUCCGUUAGCUGGCUGGAUGACUUCCUCACAGGAAGAAUUCAACGUCCCGAGUGAGGCUUAAACCAACAUCGUUGAGGGGGCGGGUAGAGAUUCAAGGUCAGCGACCUUAAUCACUCGGCCAUGAGGCCCCCGCUCAUAUCAAUAAUAGGAAGCAUUUCCAACCAAACUGUUU